AUGGACACCGACGAGCACGAGCACGACGACGAGCGCGGCGGGGAGCGGGGCGGGGCGGGGGAGAGAAGGCCGGCGUGGCAGACGGAGGAGCUGGGGGAGGAGUGGGUCGACGUGGAGCCUGAGGAGGGCGAUGGGGACGGGGAAGAGGGAGAAGAUGGGGAGAGCGGGGAGGGGACGCGGUCUGUGUCGCUGACGGAGCCGCUGCCGAGCCACAUCGUGAGCAGCACAGACAGCCCGGGCGGCGGGGGCACGGCGCCGUUCGGGGUGGGGACGUUCCUGGUGCGGGAGGACCGGGCGCCGGCGGUGCUGCCCAAGACGCCCGGGCGCGGGCGGAGCGCCGGGAUGAAGGACUUCUUCAGCCCGCUGCCGCUGGAGCGCAUGUUCGAGCCGCCUACCCCGCCGCUGCCGCCCGUCCCGAUGCCACCCGUCAGCGAGGAGGGGAGCAGCGGGGAGGAGGUGCUGGAGACGGAUCUGCCGAUGGUGUCCUUCCACGGCCACGGGAGAAGGAGGAGCCUGGACUGCCGCUUCACCCACCCCAGCAACAACCAUGGGAACAAUGGGCCAGCGACGGACCCGCGCCUGCGGCUGUUCCAGUUCACGUACGACACCUUCACGCGCGAGCACCUCUCCGCGCUCGCCGACUCCAUCGCGGUCAACACCCCCUCCGGGCCCGCCGCCCCCCGCCUCGCGCCCGUCUCCGAGGACAGCCCGAGUUUCUCCGACCUGCGCAGCACGAAGCGCGUCAAGCUCAGCCCGCCGGGCGAGUACGGCCACGUGUAUGGGGAAGGGGCGGGCGCGAACGCGAGCAUCGCAAGACCACGGGUGCUGGGGAAGGCGUAUGUCGGCGAGUCGCGCUCGCUGAUGGAGAAGAUCCGGCAGGCGCGCGACUUCUCGACGGUGUCGACGGUGGUGAGCGAGGCGAAUGAGGAGAGCAAAUAUAGUGCUUUAGAACAACUACGACGACCAUCGCUAUUGACGGUGCCCGAUAAGGACAACAACAACAAAACUAGCCCCACUACUACGACUACUACUACUACGAAUACCCCCACACCCACGCCCGCGCCGUACUCGUCGUCGACCUACCGCCAGCAGGCCGCGGCGCUGAUGGCGCAGAUCAAGAGCGACAUGAAGGGCACGAAGCGCAUCUUCUCGGGCGACACCGACGCGGACGUGUCGCGCGUCACCGCCGAAGUGUCGUUUGACAAGGAGAACUUCACGCCGCGGCACGCGCGCAGGGUGUCGUCGUCGUCGAAGACCAGGGCGAGUCCGCGGCGCGGCGGGAGGGAGGGCAAGGAGGCGCUCCUCGCCGCGGAGAUGGCGCGGCUGGACAUCGCGAGGCGGCGGCAGGCGGCGUUCGUGCCCGCGCAGCCCGUCAGCAUCGUCGUGCAGCCCGCGCUGCUCGGGCCCCCCGGACACGCGCCGCCCGGCGGACACGUGACGGGCGGCGGACCGGGCGCGCACGUGCAGGAGGACCUGCGCCGCUUUGUGUCGAGCAGCACGGCGUCGGGGACGGGCACGGAGACGGGGACGACGCUGACGGCGGGGAGCUACGUGAAGCACGCGGGCCCGCCUGUGCCGCCUGCCAUUGCGAAGCACGCGGGGAUUAGGACGAUCGCGCCGGGGGACGUGCCGGUGCUGCCCGAGCGGAUGGGGGACAUGUGGUUUGACCGGGGGAUGAUGCGGUGGGUAAGGAGCGUGCAGGCGGCGGGCGGCGGGGAGGGCGGGGAGGGGGCGCAGGAGGGGGAGAGCGAGGAUGUGUUUGGGGAUAUCGAGAGUUUAAGGGAUAGUCGGGACGACGAGGAGGGGGACGAGGGGGAGGAGGGGAUGACGAGCUUCGAGACGGACGGGGGGGUCGUGCCGGUGAUGACGGGGGUCGGGAGUAUCAGGGCAGGGGAGGGGGACGAGACGACGGACUCGGAGGACGUGAACGAUGCGGUUGAUGGCGGGCUGUUGGCGGACUAUGCGCAGGAGGGCGAGUCUGGGUCUGGGUCUGAGGAAGGGGAGGAGGACACGCAGCGCCCCGCUCUGCACCACCACCAGCCACAGGCGGACGAGUCGGUCACGGGCGCGUUCCUCCCGCCGCCGGUCGUGCUGCGGACCUUCUCCCCGCCGGCGUCGGCGACCAAAACUCCGGCGAAGUCGGCGCUGAAGACGCCGGGCGCGUCCACGCCGGGGCCUGCGUUCACCCCCGGCCCGGCGAACAGGGAGCGGGACAGGUACACGACCCCGCAGCAGCAGCCGGCCCGACGCGCGCAUAGACGGUCGGUGAGCUUCUCGGACGGGAAGCGGGACGGGCCGAUCCGGGGGCUGGUGGAGAGCAGCAGUGUGGGUGGAGGAGGGCAGCCGAGUGUGCGGAGUAAAAGGAUCGCGGCGAUGUUCGUGGGCGCGGAGGAUUCCGAGGAGGAGGAGGAGGACGAGCAUCACGACGAAGACGACGAUGUCCAAGACAACGCAGACGACAACGAAGACGCGUCGGGGGUGUCCACCAGCACGCCGCGGCGCGCGUUCUCGCGGACACAUGCCCAGCGGGCCGACGCGCUCCCGCACGGGACGUUCCUCACCGAGUGCUCGUUCGGCGUCGCGCACGACCGGCUCGUCGCGGUGCUCACGGACGUGGAGCCGUUCGAGCCGCACUGGGAGGCGCUCCCCGCGCUCGACCUCGCCGGCAAGGGGCUCGAGAGCGUGGCAAGGCUGAAGGAGUUCGUGCCCGGGCUGGACGCGCUUAACCUGAACGGGAACGCGCUGGCGUGGCUGAGCGGCGUGCCGGGCGGGGUCAGGACGCUGGCCGUCGCGUCGAACAGGCUGACGGGCGUGACGUCGUACAGCCAUCUGCUGAACCUGGAGAACUUGGACAUCAGCCGGAACGAGGUGGAGUCACUGAGCCAGCUGGCGUGUCUGCGGCACCUCCGGGAACUGCGCGCGGACGGGAACGGGGUGCGCAGUCUGGAGGGCCUCGAGGGCCUCGACGGGCUCGUGAAGCUGUCGCUCGCGAAGAACAAGCUGCGCGCGCUCGACGUGCGCGCGGCGCGGGUGAGGUGGACGCGGCUGGAGGUGCUCGACGUGAGCGGGAACGCGCUGAGAAGGGUCGCGGGGCUGGGCGGCCUGCAGGCGCUCGUGGUGCUGAACCUGGAGGACAACGAGCUGGGCGCUUUGGACGUCGCGGAGGGCGGGCCUGGGAUGGGCAGGCUGCGGGUGCUCAGGGCGUCGGGGAACCGGAUCGCGCCCGGGGCGCUCGGCGUGGCGGGCCUGGGCGGGCUGCGGACGCUGUAUGUCGACGGGAACGCGCUGAGGGGCGACGAGCUGCUGGGAGAUGGGGGCGGAAGGCCGUUGAGGAGCUUGGAGAACCUGAGCAUCCGGAGCCAGCGCGGCGGGGCGCUCAGGAUGGACGUCGGGGCCGUACGGGACGCGAAGCGGCUGUAUCUCAGCGGAAACACGCUGCCGGCGACGUUCCUGUCGACGCCGUGCUACAACCUGGUGUACCUCGAGGCCGCGCGCUGCGGGCUGACGGCGCUGCCGCGCGACCUCGCGGCGCUCGCGCCGAACCUGCGCGCGCUGAACCUGAACUACAACUUCCUCGGCGAGCUCGCGCCGCUCGUGGGGCUGACGCGGCUGCGCAAGCUGAGCGUCGUGGGCGCGAGGCUGAAGGAGACGAAGGAGGUGAUCAGGGCGGUGCGCGGGCUGCCGGCGGUGGAGGUGCUUGAUUUCCGGAUGAACCCGUGCACGCUGGGGUGGUACCUCCCCCUGCUCCUCGACACGCACGCUUCCGACCCGGACGAAAAAGGACAAGAGAACGGACAGGACACGUGGGCGGAGCGCGACGCGCGGUUCCGGCGGGGGCUGCCGGACGCGGCGUACGUGGGGCGGCUCGCGUACCGGGGGCUCGUGAUGCGCGCGGCGGGCGCGCUGCGCGUGCUCGACGGCGUGCCGGCCGCGGCGAAGGAGCGCGCGAAGAGCGAGGCGGUGCUCGGGCUCAUGCGCGCGUGA